UCGACUUUUUUUGUGGAAAAAAAGAGAACAGUUUUGGCUUUGCGUUGUCGUUUCCUCCGUGAGCGGAAAAGAUUUUGAUUGAGUGAUGGCAGCUACGAAUAAGAGGAAGAAGCGCAGGGAGAGCUCUCGGAAAGGAGAGUUGGACAAGUUGGAGAAGCGGCUAAAGAACCUGAGACUUGGAACUUCAAGUGAACAGAGUACGGGUAGGAGCGCUAGAGGUAAACGAUCCAAGUCGAGGAAAAUGGCAGGAAAAAAAUCAGAAAUGCCGAUGGACCAGGGCCGGAAUGGAUCGGAUUUGGCAGCUCUGCGUAGCCAGUUAACGGCAGCGUGUGAACGGUUCAGUGAGCUCAAGAAGGAGCUUGAACAACUCCAGGCCCGUUAUAGGCCAUGGCUUGAGAGCAUUGGCCAGCCGGUGAUCUCUCAGCCUGCGCCCAACACCAACGAGGAAGUGAAAAGGACUCAGAACCACUCAAGCGAAACUGGACAGAAAAAGACUGACCCUCCAAGCAAGGGUAGCACCUUUCGUGCACUGCACCACUAUCAUGCCAAGGAAAGUGACGAGAUAUCCUUAUCACCUGGCGAUGCUGUCCGAAUUGUUAAUGCGACGGACGAUGGCGGGUGUACGGGAAUCUCGCCAAAUGGAGACUGUGGAAUGUUCCCAGUUAGCUGUGUAGAGUUCUCAAUUGAUGCUUUUAAGGAUACUUCCACAAGCGGUACCAAAACUGUCAAGGCGCUGCUCUAUGACUACACUGCAGGUGAUGCCGACGAACUGUCCUUCGAUGAUGGUGACAUCAUCACGAAUGUUGAAGACGUUGAUGAUGGCUGGGCAGCUGGUGACUGCAAUGGAAAACAUGGCCUUUUUCCUACCAAUUUCGUUGAGCGUAUUUGAAUAUCUGGAUGACCACAUAGCAAUUCCAUUGACUAUCGGGUUUCUUUACGGAUAUCAAAUUUAACCCGAUUUGCCUUACGAGGAACAUCAAUCUCACUUGCCGCAUUUCAAACUAUCGGUGGUGAGGUACCACCGGGACCAUUGUGUGUUACUCUAAGACUGGUAUGGAUCAUCCACUGGAAUAAAAUUUCAGGCAACAUCA